AGCUUUAGAGGCCUUCCGACAUACGUCAGGCUCUUUAAUUUACUAUUGUUUUCUGCCUCAAUUCUCCACUUCUUCCAAACUCUCUCUUUAGCUUACAACUCAAUACCUCUGUAAAUUGGGAUUUCUUCAUUUUUCACCUUCAGCAUUUGAUCAUGGCGGAAACCGCUCACAAUAAUCUCAAUGCUAAACUCGUGUUGUUGGGGGACAUGGGAGCUGGUAAAUCAAGCUUGGUUAUACGAUUCGUCAAGGGACAAUUCCUUGAAUUCCAAGAAUCGACGAUCGGAGCGGCUUUCUUUUCGUCUACGGUUUCAGUUAAUAAUUCUACGGUGAAGUUUGAGAUCUGGGAUACUGCUGGUCAGGAGAGGUACCAUAGCUUAGCGCCUAUGUACUACAGAGGUGCUGCAGCUGCUAUCAUCGUCUAUGACAUCACCAGCACUGAUUCAUUUGUACGGGCAAAGAAAUGGGUGCAAGAAUUGCAGAAGCAAGGUAAUCCCAAUAUGGUCAUGGCUCUUACUGGCAACAAGGCUGAUCUAGAAGAUAAGAGGAAGGUGACUGCAGAGGAAGCACGCUUGUACGCAGAGGAAAAUGGCCUAUUUUUCAUGGAAACCUCUGCCAAAACUGCUGCUAAUGUCAACGAUAUAUUUUACAAAAUCGCUAAACGAUUGCCUAGAGGUCAGCCUGCUCAAAAUCCGGCAGGAAUGGUACUUGUUGACAGAACAGCAGAAGGAUCACAAACUGCAUCAUGCUGCAGUUAAGUAUUAUCAUCUCGAUCGCUCCAUUGAUUUCGUGAACUGGAGACAUUUCUUGCUCUUCAUGUUGUGCUGGUAUGGGAGUUGAAGACAGGAAAUUGGAAGUCAUGUUUAUUGGGAGAUACACAGUAGAAUAUGUAUGUAAACUGUAUUUAAAAGCGCCAUAUCUGAGGUGAUUGUAUCUUUUGUUCAUUCAAGUUGUAAAUAGUUUGAAUUUCCCCCC